AUGACGUGCCUAUGUUUUUUACCUUAUGUUUUUUUCUUGUUAAUAGAUGAAAGAUGGUUGUGCCCGAAAUGUGGCCGCAACUACAAACGCAAAGCCCAUUUAAGUUUUCACUUGGCCAAAGAGUGUGGGGUUGGCCCACAAUAUAAUUGCUCGAAAUGUUUCAAAUUUUUCAAGCGUAGUAGUCAUUUGAAGAGUCACCAACUAUCGUGCGGUGAUGUUUCACCAAAAUUUCAAUGUGACAUUUGUAAAAAGAAAUUCACACGCAAGGACAACAUGAAAACUCACAAAAACACUAUACAUAGACUUUCCGAUCCUAAUAUACCAAAUGAAGUCUAUGCGUUUUAUAGCGAAUGGCAAAUUGGGGAUUCAGAUUAA